AUGGUGAAAAAAUAUAUUGAAAAAUUCCUCGUCAAAACAGAAAAUCCAACUAACAGGAAAAUCAACAACAUUGCCGAUGUUGUUGGUCUGCCAUAUGGGUUUGUGCAAGCAAUCCUUAUUUUUGAAUUGAACAAGCAGCAUGUCUCUACCAAGUUUGUCCCCUUCUUGCCGACCACUGAGCAGAAAGAAUAUCAUGUUGAAAUCUGUCCAAAUCUCCAUCAGUGUGCUGCUGACAGCCCAUCCUUCAUGUCAAGGUUCAUCCUCAGGGACAAGAGUUGGGUCUAUGGUUACAGCCCUGAAACAAAGCAGCAGUCAUCACAAUUGAAGAGCCCUUCAUCUCCUUGA